AUGGACAGCACACUGCCUCGUCUCUCUGUAUUGGCACAGCAGGACAAAGAGACGGACUCAGCCGAGCGGACAGAAGGAGAAAUGGAGGAGAUGGAGCUCAAGCCGACGUUUACCCAUCUGCAGCUCGAUGGCCUGGGAAAUGAGAAGAUGAAGCUGGAAGGAGAGCUGAGGAACAUGCAGGGCCUGGUUGAGGACUUCAAGAACAAGUACAAAGAUGAGAUCAUCAAGCGUGCUUCAGUAGAGAAUGAGUUUGUUCUGCUCAAGAAGGAUGUUGAUGCAGCCUACAUGAACAAGGUUGAGCUUGAGGCCAAGGUUGAUGCUCUUCAGGAUGAGAUCAACUUCCUCAGGGCAGUCUAUGAGACUGAACUGCGUGAGCUCCAGUCUCAGAUCAAGGACACAUCAGUUAUUGUGGAGAUGGACAACAGCAGAAACCUGGACAUGGACUCCAUUGUGGCUGAAGUUCGUGCUCAGUAUGAGGACAUCGCCAACCGCAGUCGUGCCGAAGCAGAGAGCUGGUACAAACAGAAGUUUGAGGAGAUGCAGUCCUCUGCUGGUCAGUACGGGGAGGACCUCCGCUCAACCAAGUCUGAGAUCGCAGAACUCACCCGCAUGAUCGCCCGCCUGCAGAACGAGAUUGAUGCCGUCAAGGGACAGCGUGCCAACUUGGAGGCUCAAAUCGCUGAGGCUGAGGAGCGUGGAGAGCUGGCAGUGAAGGACGCCAAGCUCCGUAUCAAGGAUCUCGAAGAGGCCCUCCAGAGGGCGAAGCAAGACAUGGCCCGCCAGGUGCGUGAGUACCAGGAGCUCAUGAACGUCAAACUGGCCCUGGACAUUGAGAUCGCCACCUACAGAAAGCUGCUGGAAGGAGAGGAGAGCAGACUGUCCAGCGGUGGAGCUUCAGCCACCAUUCAUGUGCAGCAGACCUCUGGAGGUCUCUCAUCUGGUUUCUCUGGUAGCGGCGCUGGAUUUGGCUAUGGCGGUGGCUACGGUGGUGCUUCAGGAUAUGGUGGUGGAUCAGGAUAUGGUGGUAGCUCCAUCAGCAAAACCAGCGUCACCAGUGUCAGCAGUAAACGCUAUUAAGGAGAAGCGCCCCCAACCCAACCCGGCAUCCUAUCUUCCUUACCUGCAACUAGAUCACUCUGAACCUUCUUACAACUCAAAUAAUCUAUGGUGCUAUAUUCUAGCCAGACAGAUAUCCCCUGUUAAUGAGGAGAUGAGGACAAUGAUUUCUUAAGCAUAAAAUAAGUUUUAGGUUGUUCUGUGCGUUGAUGGUAGUUACCCACAACAUACACCUCUUGUCUGGUGGUGUCACUACCAUUUUAAAUCAUCAGUUCAACUACACUAAAAUGACACCAGAAAGAAUGUAAUGGAGAAUGUGCUCCCAGUCACUGAAUUUGUUUAUUUCUGCACUGAUAUAUAUGGGGAAAGUGAGACUUGAAUGAAAUAUAUACACAUGGAAACCACUGAAGCCAAUUAGACCUGUAACAACAAUAGGAUUUCAGUCUCCACAAGCAGUACCAUGGUUUCACUGGAUCAGGGAUGUGCUAUACAGGUCCUGAAAGUCCUGGUUGAAUGUUUUGUGUCGUUACAAGCUCCCUGCUGUAUUUUUGUUGACGAAUAUGACUUUUGUCAUUAUGCAAUGGCUGUCAGUGUUAGUUUACCUAUUUGCUGUAAAAAGUACAAUACUGUCAGCCUGUAACUGAUGACAAUGACUUGUGGGCUUCCAAUGUCCAGUUACCUCAUAUUCAAGGGAGAUCUGUUACAGCAAAAAAACAGGCACAAUGGCAUUUCCAUGGACCAUCCCUCCUAAACUUUGUGUACUUGCCCAGUUGAAAGAGAAGAGCUUCAUUUACUGUGUUGUGACUGUACUACCUUAGACUUUCCCCUUUAUUCAAACUGCUUCCAAAGCGUAUUUCACAGUCCCUUUUAUAAAUGGCAAAAAAAAGCUACAAAAAUGAAACCAUGUUCAACCAGAUUUAUUUUGUAUUGAUUGACUUGACACCAACUUAAUAUCUGAAUACAAUAAAUCUGAGACUACAA